UAAAGUAUCUCAAGCGCAGGCUCUAAAGCGCGCGUUAAACGACUUUUGCAAAAGCUAAACGCGCGCAUCGAUGCGUUCAAUUCCUUUGGUAAAAAAAAAAAAAAUACGGGUUUUUCAUUGGGAGAAUUAAAAAAUUGUUGAGUGGAAAAAAUUAAGAUGGAGUAGGUGUUGAUGGUGUUGAUGCACCAGUCAACGGCGCCACGGCAUCCCAACUCGAUGAUUUUUGGUGAGUGGAGGGGUGGGAAAGGCUGAAUUCAAGGAAGAAAGGGAAAGAUAACGGUCAAAUCUGAGGAGAACCGUCAGGACUCUUUACUACGCCGGCAUAACAGCCUGGGGAGGGCUCUCACAGCGUGAGAGGGAGAGAGACAGAGAGUUUAACAGGGCUCUGCGUCGUCAGUGGUUUCCUCGCUCGGUUUAUUCGCCACGCGCACUUUACAGGCACUGCAACUGCUGAACAACGGAUAACGUGUUGACUGUGUUUAACUGUGAUUUAUCAGUUGGAUUAUCGUGUUAUUUGACGAUUUUUCACCGUAUAAUGAUCACCUCAAGACGACCUGAGAUUCAGUGAUUUUGAAAUUUUACAAGAAUUAUUCCAGACGUGAUUAAAUCAGUGUACACGUACAAGUGAAUUCAAUUAUGGAUCGAAACAAAUGUUUAGGGACUAGGUGUGUCUCCGUGGUGUUUAUAAUAGCCCUAUUGGCCAUCCCAGGAUUAAAAUGCGACAGUAGUGUACACGUACAUUCGACCUAUCGUGUGCCUCUGACAUCUAGCACAUUAAACUGGCUGCCAAUAAGUCAUUACGAGCCUUCCAAGGACAAGAAUCUCGUAAUUGGGGGAUUUCAGAUAUCCAAAUCAACUGACGAAAAUCAUGAGGACCCAGGACAGCGACGGGCGAUGUACGUCUGUCGUGCAGCAGAAAGUGGUGUAUGGGUUGCUGGUGCCCAAUUGAAAGGAGAAAAAAAGUGCACCGUUACAGUUCUAGGAACUGUAAAAAAUAUGGAAAAUUAUGAUUUAUUGGAGAAUGUUGAUAAUGCUGCUCGUCUAAGUUGGGUAACAUGGAAUAAAUUUCUUCCAAUUUUUCCGGGUGCUGUUGUUACUGAAACAAUGUACGUGGCACGUCACGUUGUUGCUAGUAAUGAGACUGAAAAGGAUAGUUCAACACCUACCUACACCCACUACAUUGGUACACUGAAUCACGACGAGAGACUUGGGACAAUAGCCUACGUCAAGAGCGAUGGCCUAGAAGAUUCAACAGAUUUUGGUGAAUUAUUAGUUGAGACAGAACCAAUUUACUACGAAUUAACGUCCGUUAAACUUAAUCACUGGCGUACACGUAUAAUUAAGAGUGAACCAAAGAUAAUUGGACAAGCGACAAUCAGCAAUUCGAGAAAUCAACGGGCCAAACUUGCCGAGGCAUUUGGAUAUGAGUACAAUUAUUCCAGUUAUUGGGGACAAGGACAUGCUAUGAUUAAAGCACUCAACACCUCUAUUACGCUGUUUAAUAGGACCAAGUUACCCACUAUUAACUGGGGAAUGACGGAGAAAUCUCUACGCCAGGAUAGUUAUUCAGUGGAAGUUUAUCUCGAUCCUGGGACUGGAGUGAACGUGACGGUGAAGGCGAAUUAUACAGAGCAUGAGGUGUCGUAUACUGGACAAUUAGUGUCACACUAUAAUGACAGUGAGAGCAAAUCUCGUGAAAUCAGUGGUAUACGUAGAGAGGAAACGAUGACCGAUAUGCGGGUAGAAUUUGGUCCUAUUUAUUUUCUCAGUAAUUUAAGUAUCGUUCCAACAACUGUAGCACCAUCAACAACACGUGGUACAACUAUUAUCACCAGUUCAAGUUCCAGUUCAAGUACUUCAGAAACAUCAUCGAUCACGACAAACCGACAGAAUGAUGUUAACAAUAUUGUCGACAAUGAGGAUGAUGAUAAUAGCAUAAUCCCACCAAAAUCUGAUUCUAAUGUACAGGGUGAUGAUGGUGGGCCACAAUCACUCAAGAACAAGGAUGCAUUGGGAGGAGCUACGAAUUUAUUACCUUGUCUUUCCAUUUCUAUACUAUCGUUCCUAGUAACUCUCUACAGAAUUACGUGAAGUUAUUGCUGAUCAGGAACGAUAGAAAAAUCAAAUUCGAUGUAAACAGCCUGAUUAACGCCUCAGCACAUUCCUCAUCCAACGGAAUAUUUAUUAAACCCAACUAUAUAUAGUUAUACUUGCACGUUUCUUUCAGUAUUAUUAUAUUUUCCUUCGCUGACUGUUUCCUUUUUAAGACAAGUAGUUUCUCAAUUUUUUUUUGUCUGGGGAGAAAUGGGCAAGUAUACAGCUUUAAAAAUAUUUCAAAAACUGCAAGAUUUUUUUUUCUAUUUCAAGUGAAAAAUAUUUCUCGUAUUGUGUGGUUAAUGAACGUGUUAUCAUUUUAUAGUAUUCAUAUAAGAAAUAAAUGGAUACACUUUAAUAACUACAAUACAUAUGCUUGCCUUUAAAAUGUGAGGCUGUUAUUGUCAGGCUUAAAUGAAAUAUGAAUAAUUUGUAAUUGACAAAAACAGACUCACGUUAAAUAGCACUCUAAGAAAUGAUAACAUUACUGAACUAGUCUAACUGAACGUCAAGUACAAUUUAAAAGAAUUACAAUACAGAUAUAUGUCCCAUGUUCCAUACACUUGUUAAAUUAAAACUCUGAUGCUAAUAACCGUUAUUAUGAACAAAUCAAUGUUUUGAAAUUUAAUAAGAUGUGAUUUACUGCAGCGAUUAGAUCGUUUUAUUCCACCAAUGACAUUUAAAUGCCAUGUUAUCAUUGAUACAAUUUUUUCAAAAAAUUUUUUUGGUGGAUAGAGGGAAUCGACCAACGCAGUAUUAACAUGAUUUUUUGAAAAAUUAUAUGACCGUCGUUCGAGAUAAUAUUUUCCUGGAAUUGAUUAAGCAUUUUAAUGAAUGCUAGAACGAGAGGCGAAGAUUCAAAGAAGAAUGUAGUUGCUGUUUAUGGAAGAGCGCGGCUACGUUAUAUUUUUGAGAUUGGGAUACAAAGAAGAUUUGUAAUAUUUAUAAGAACGUAGCUGAUAAGUUUUGUGCAGAGAUACUGUUAGGGCUUAUGGAACAAUGAUAAUGUAUUGAAUUAAACAAAUUAUGUUCUUUUUCCCGUGAUUCUUUCAAAUAAUUAUGUAUUCGAGAUUCUUACAAAAUUUUUUAUCCCAGAUAUUUUGAUUCUAUUUAUCGCUUUCUUCUAUAAGUUUAUUGUCAUAAACUCCAUUGUAUAAUUAAUUGAUGCGACUAAGAUCGAAUAAAAUUCCGUAGUGAAAUAGUGCGGGUGAGAAAAUCUAAUUUCGCAGUUAAAUAGAUCAGUUUUUAUGAAAGAUAAAUUUAUCUGUCAGGAAAUUUCAGAGAAAUCAUGAAAUCAUUGGAGGAAAUAAUUGUAGAGCACUCAGACUUGCGGAGAAAAUCUCAGAAAAUGAUAUGUAAUUCUAAAAAAUAAAAAAUAUUCCAAAUAUUGAAAUCAAUAGCAUCAAAUUAUGAUGUAAUUGAAGAUAAUGGCGUACUGUGACGAAUUCUAUCACAUUUUACAACCCAUAUGGCAUUGUUAAGCAAAUACCUGUGCUAAAAAUCUUGAAUAAUGUCGAAUUAUGAUCUGUCAAUGACAUAUGAUAACGUAUGAUGUUGUACUUUGAUAGAUUCGAGAAUUAGUUGAAGGAAUAUCAGAAAGUAUGUUGGAACUGGAGCGUAAUCGCUGAUCUAAUAUUGCAGAGAAUAACAAAUGAGUAAUUUAUAGCAUAUUCCGAUAAAAAAAAAUACAAAACAAUUUUAAAGAGAAUCAUAAACACAUGAAUUAUAGCAGAUUUUUAAGGAUAAUCGAGCAGAAUUUGAACUAUUCUGUGAAAAAUCUAAUAUUCUUACAUAUUGCAGCGACAAAUGUCCUUAGGUGUCAAAAGAGGAGAGAGAACAUCCAGGACAAGUGAAUAAUUUCAUUGUUUAUACCUGAGUGUAGCUAUUGUUAUCAAUAUAUAUAUUAGCAAUAUGUUCCUGAAUAGUCAGAGCUUAAAUUCAGUUGCUUCAUUCCCUUUAAAUACCGGUUGUGUUGAAGGAAUAAUUAGAAAAAUUGGCUUGACAAUCGCGUCGCACACACACACGCACAUAUUAACGGCUGUAGUAUAAAAAUUGUGUGUAUUGAGCUUUCAGUUCAUAUCUAUUUAUCAGUGCGGAAAACGGAAAUUGAAUUUAUGCAGUAAGGGCCCUAACACAUAAUGAUUCUACACGGAGGGAAUAUUUAAGAAUAUUUUUAUUCGGUGAAGGAAAAAGCAAAUGUUCUUAUUUUUUGAAAAUUUUGGGGCCGUAGUCAAUUUAUUUUCGGUAGAAUUUUAAAUAGGGGAACAUUUAUCAUGAUUUUUACGACCGAAAAUAUCGUACUUUUGACACUUGUGAUUUUUCAAUCAUUUUAUAAGUACUCUUAUAAAAAUUGGUUUUUGUUCUUAGAAAGAGUUAAAAUAAAAAACAAUGAUUAGUCUGCUACAGCAAUUGCCCAUUUUCUGCGCAAUUCAAUAACUAUAUUGGAGACGGAAAACAUCUAAUUCAGUUUGAAAAUAAAAAAUAUAAAAUUGUAAAUUCCAUUGAAAAUUGAAGACUUCAAUUUUUGGUAAAUACAUAGAAAUGCUCCAGCA